UGGAUUUUAUUAAGGAAAUUUCUCUACUCGUAUAUGUUCACAUUUGUUUCCUCAUUCUCCCGCCUUCCCCUCUUCUUGAAAAUCUGUCUUUAUUUCUAGAGAGAGAAAAUGGGUGAUGAUGAUGGAGUGGGUUUAGAGAGAGAAAGUGAAGAUGUUGAUGCUACUGAAGCAGGAGAUGUUGCUACGGAUACUCCACAGAGAAAACAGAUCAAUACUCCUGUCUCUAACUUCGAGGAAUCUCCUGUCUUCAAUUAUCUCAACAACCUUUCUCCUAUUGCGGGGGUUAGGUCUGUGCACAUUACUCAGACAUACAACUCACUUAAUCUUGCAUCUCUUCCGUCAGUUUUCACUUCACCCCAUGUUAGCACCAUCAAGGACUCUAAAUUCUUAAGAAGGCAUCAUUUACGCGAUCCAUCAAAACUUGAGUUCUCUUCUGAGAAUGUAAACAAAGCAAGUAAACAGCAAGAAGUUGCAGGCAUUUUUGAUGAUUCCAGCGAGGUGCAAAAUUUCAGUCCAGUGAGUGCCUCUAGUAAACCACCUCAUCUCCCAAAUGAGCUUUCAAGAACUGUGACUUACGAACCUGUUAACCUUGAUUCUGAUGUGGCUCUGUGCUCUGUGAUGCAAACCAAAUGUAUACCAGAAUUGUCUGGAUCGUGUAGCACUCUUGGUCCAUCUAUGCAUAUUGAUUCUGGAAUUUGUCAAAUUGGAAGUGAAAUUAACAUAGAGGGAGCAAGCCAUAUUGAUGAGGAGAAAGAAGUUUCUGAUUGUGAUUGGAAUAAUUUACUUUCUGAUGAAGGUGGCUUAUCAAUCUUUGAAUCUCCAAUUGAUUCAAAGUCUUUGAACGAUCCUAGUCAGAAAUCACAUGAGGCUGGGAUGAGUUUCCGCACUUCUUUGUUUGAUGAUCUACCCAAAAAUUUAGCUAUUCAGGCAGUUGAGCCUUGUCAACUAUCUGAAACAGAUGAUAUGUCUUUUCAACAUAAAGAGAGUAAUAUGAAUGAAAUAGCUGAAAAUCAUGACCUCCUUGUUUCCCUGAGUAGUGAGGCAGGGGACACAAAUGAGAUAGUGGAUGGCGAGCUUGCUUCAAAUAUACAGCGUGGUUUGAGAAGACGUUGUCUGCUUUUUGAGAUGACGGGAUCUCGAAGGAAACCCUUGACCGAUAUUUCAAAUGUCGGCCCAAUCACGCUAUCUCAUUCUCAUGAUAAUAUUUUGUCCAAUGAUAAAUGUCUUGUUCCUAAUAAGCCUAAGCAUGAUAUUCGAAGAUGCAAUCUAUCUGGAAUCGGUUUGCACUUAAAUGCUCUUGCAUCAACAUCAGUAAACCAUAAAGUCGGAAAAUAUGAGGAAUUAAAUACUGACAAACAACCACUAAGUGUGUUCCCCUCAGCUGUUUGUCUAAAUCCUUCAAAUAGGCAAGAACAACAAAAAGAUUCUUUAGUUGCAAGUUCAUCUGAAAUGGAUAUGCUCCCUGCUGGAGAAUACAUCUCACUUGUUGAAGAUGCGGGUCAAGCUUCAGAAGAUGUUCUGAAUGAAGAAUUAGUUGACAAUAGUGCAAAAAAGAAGAGGCAAAAAGUGGAAAGUGGUGGAGAAGGUGAGUCUUGCAAGCGUUGCAAGUGUAAAAAAUCAAAGUGCUUAAAGCUUUACUGUGAAUGCUUUGCUGCUGGUCUCUAUUGUGUGGAGCCAUGUGCUUGUCACGAAUGCUUCAACAAGCCUAUUCAUGAGGAAAAUGUUCUUGCAGCUCGCAAUCAAAUCGAAUCUCGCAAUCCCCUUGCAUUUGCUCCUAAAGUGAUCAGGAGCUCAGAAUCUAUGAUAGACGUUGGGGAGGAAUCUGGAAAGACUCCUGCUUCCGCUAGACAUAAAAGAGGAUGUAACUGCAAGAAAUCUGGUUGUACGAAGAAAUAUUGUGAAUGCUUCCAGGGAGGUGUUGGGUGCUCAAUUAACUGUAGAUGUGAACAGUGUAAAAAUACAUUUGGUAGAAAGCAUGGGUCUAGUUAUAUACGAAUGGAAGUCGAACUAGAGAAGGACGUAGAGGGUGAGGCAUGUGAGAGUGUGAUUGAGAAAAACCUGCAAAUUAGAACAGUCCAGAAUGGCGCAGAACAAAAUACGAGAUUCGGACUUCCUGAGACACCUUUACCAUCUGACAGACAAUUGAUUGCGCCACCACUGUCCUCCAAGAGUAUGAGACCACCACGCUCGACUUUUCUAGCUGUUGAAUCCUCCAGCCAAGAGUUUGGAAAACUAAAUCGAUCUCAAUCCAAGUUUAAGAAGCAUAUAAAUGCACAAGAAGAUGAGAUGUCUGAAAAUCUCCAGCCUAUCAUGGGUGAUGUACAGUCAGAUUCUCCCAACAGUAAGAGAGCUUCUCCUCUUCACGGGAAAGCUGGCUUUACCCCUGGUCUAAGAAGCAGCCGUAAGUUGAUACUGCAGUCUAUUCCAUCCUUCCCUUCUCUCACCCCUAAGCACUAAGCAAGACCGUUAUUUGGUUAAUGUAAAGAGAAUUUCUUUUUUUGUCCUAUGUAGAUAUUCUCCGUGUCUUGGUUGUUUGUAGAGUUUAAAAUCUAUGUUUGCAGUAUUGUAUAUAAUAAGAUCUUCAUGAAUGCGUUUAUUGGUCAAUUACUUUACUUGUGUUAUAUUUGAUGAGGUUUCAGUACUA